GUGCUUGGUCGUGGUAAGAUUUUUCUGGUGCUAGUUUUUCUUGUUAUAUAUCCGGUUGGCCAUCCGGAUGGCCUAAACUUCUUCGAGACUUAGCUUAGCGAGAGCUUGUGUAACAAAACCGCUAUUUUAGACUAAAAGAAGCAGUAUCAAUAAAUCCACCAAAAACACCUACUAAACGGACAAAACUGGAAAAAUCAAACUCCACAACCUAAAAUUGUUUUAUAUGCGCAAAGCUGAGAAAAAAUCACCCCGCCUGUCAUAAGAAAAGGAAAAAGGAUCGCCAACACCAAGCAAAUACCACGUAAAAAGCAACAUCGACACGACGCGGAAAUAACUUUCCGAGUUUAAUCCGUCGGAAUCGGAAAAUCCGGUUCAAGUUCCGAAACCGGUGCAAGCCAGAGUAGUCCCGCGUUGCGGUAGGUUCGAUCUAUCGAAAACACCAGGAUCAAGUUGAAGAUCUAGCACUUGACCAACAACGCAUGGCAAAAAUAGUUGUAGAACUCAAAUUGCAAAUUGAAACAUUUCUGGAAUCCAAUCCAACGCUAUCCUAGUUGCCACUAGAUGAUCCACAUACAGCAGUAAAAUUGGCGACUCCAUCCAAAACCAAACGGUGCAACAGUUUCGAUAAAAACAUCGGUAAAACAUCGCUCCCGAAAACAACCCAAGGACAACUUAAGCACGCAUUUACGACAUUUUAGUUCCUCACGCAAGCAAACCAAACGGGCAAGGGCGAGAGAGGCAACUGCCCACAGCGGAACUAAAGUACAGGCGUUCAUCUGAGGUCGUUACCGUUGCAGUGGGCAAUCUUGUUAUCUUAGCUGUUCAAAUUGCUUGCUUGAUAAACUAAAAACAUCGACGAAAUUGGAAAUGAAUCAACAUCAGCCGACACGAUAAUAUCAGUAAAAAGAUCAGAUCUGCAGCGAGAGCAACACUAAAUCGAAAGUAGCAAGUAGUGAAACAACUUCAAAUAUAGGAAAAGCAGUUGUCGACCUCGUCGCGGAAACACAACUGUGACACCAAGUUGGUAUACAAUACGCAAACCGGAAGGAAUAGUCUAGAGACGGACGAAUUUCAGCAACUAAAAGCAGCCAGCCAGUGAAUGUACAGGAGUAAAUGAAACUAUCGCCUGCUACGUGGAAAGAAUUACUUUACACCAUAAAGUGCAGUGACAGUGAAUUCAAUCUUUUCCAUUUGCCUAUUUCUAUCAUUUCCUUUUGUACAGUUUUUAAGCUGCAUGUUUUAUGUAACGCGAAAACUGGUGUAGCUAAUUGAAAUCGGAAGAAAAACAAAUCAAUCCCGGCGGACAAACGGGGAGCGGCAGCGAAAUUUAGACGACUUCCUUUGUUGUGACCUGUUGGGCCAUGAUUCAACUCUUUUAAAUCGUACUGAAGCUCGAGUUAAAACUCGAGACAGGAGCUGGAAAAGUGAAAGUACAAAAUAAGAACUAAUCCAACCGCUGAUACCGCCGUUUAUCGUUAGUUCGCCAGUGUGCCGCGUAAGACGAACCACAGCAAUAGCGACUGGCGCAUGCUAACCAGCGACAAGUAAAUUCACGCUCAACGCACAAAUAUUCAGCAAUCGGCCAUACAGUGUAAUUUCUUAUUCGACUGAUUUCAUGCGUUUAUCGGUGAGUGAUAAGUGAAUGCAGUAAUCGAAAAGCUUAACCUCUCAAUGUGUAAUAUUGAAAGACCUAACAUGAGAAUAAUCUAAGCGAGGGCGUAGUGAAUAUAGUGUUUCGUGGAAAAAAAAACAGGAGCAUCACAAACGACCUACAGUGAGUGCGUGUGUUCAAGCUGUGUUGUAGCUUUGCUAAACGGAAGACUGUAUGCCUUUUCUGUACCGUAUUGUGGGUGAACAAAUUGAUGCAGAAUAAAAUUAUGGAACAGAAAAGUGGGUCCAGAAGAACCCUCAAUUAGAAAGACCAGAGAAAAUACAAAUAAAACGAUUCUGUGAUAAAAAAUUUAAAAAAUAUUACGAAAUAAGCAUAUGUUUAUAAACGUGAAAUUUACGAAGUUACUUGAAUCGACUGGAACGAGCUAACACGGAAGCGAUCAAACUGUGCUUGUAGAACGAAAAAAACGAGAAUCUGCGAGAGAGUGUUCCGCGAUAGUGUUACGAAAGUAUCCCUGGCCCAGAGGGGUUUUAAGCCGCCAAAGCCUCACAACAAAUGUCAGUUUUUUAAGUGAACAAUUGAUAAUGUCUCUACAUGAACGACCAUUAAUUCGUGCCUGAAAUUAACCACCGCUCCCGUUUAAGUUUUGUAUCAUACUUUCCGGUCCCAUCAUAUGAACACUCUCAAAAUCGUCGAUAUACAAUUACACUUUCCGCGUCGACAAUAUUCCGGAAGACAGUAAACUGCAAUCGCAUCAAACGGUAAAGCUGUUUAGUUUUAUACUUUUGGUGUACACCACUAAUGAAUGGGGGAAAUUUGAAAAAUCUAAUAGUUUGUUUCUGGUAAAGAAAGGAAUCGGAGAGAACCUGGUAACAGGAUGUGCGAUAU